GUUAAAUGAAAAUUUUCGUGGCUGUGCAAAGCCAAAAAGUGGAAAAUAAAAUACAAACAGCAAUAACAACAACUGCUUAGCGGCGCAACGAAUCAAUCAGGCAAAGCAAAUCUCCGUUCGUGUGUCUGAAAGGAGAAUCGCAUGCACAUGUGUGUGUUUGUAUGUGUAUGUGCAUAAGCAAUAACUAGGAAACGAAGACGCUGCUGCUUUUCAGCGUCGAGCAGUCACUUGAAUGCUGCUUGUAAUCUUUUGUUUUUGAGUUGUUUUGAGUUUCUUUAAAAAAAAAAAUCUUGUGUUUCUUUCGCGUGUGUGUGCGUGUGCUUAUGAUUUUUGGUUCUUCGCUAUUUAUGCCGGUGCGUCGCAGCUAAGAACAGGUAGUGAUUGCAGGCACGACGAUUCGAAUGCUACCUGCUUACGCGCUUCGCUGACUGUCUGACGUGCAGACGGAGAAUUGUUUAUCGAUUAUCGACUGAUGAAUAACUACAACAAAUCUGUUGGUUUAUGCUUUGCACAGUGCUGGUUAAGUGAGUGCGUGUGUUUAUUGGCAGCCGUGAGCGUUUGCAUGUGCAGCAUUUCUUUGCGUAGACGCUGCUGUGCCGUGAAUGAAUAAGAAGGCGUGGAAAAUAAAAUAUAAAAAUAAUAAGAAAUUGUUAAAGCUAAACGUAGCAGCGAAAUAAGUGAAACAAAGCUGCAAACCGGUCGAAGGAGUUUUGUGCAAAACUAGAAAAAAUUACGAAAAGCAAGAAAGCAAAAAUAAAAACAACAUACAAGCAACACGUUGCCAGCGCGCUUUGGGCAUUACAUGAGUGCAGCAGAGCCGGAGAAUAAUAAGUAAAUAUUUUCCGUCGCGACCUCGCAAGUCAUGCCAACAUAAAACAAAAACGUUCCAACACAAACACAAUAUCCGAGCGCUUGCUGUCCGACAAGAGAUUAAUAUUCUGCGGAAGAACAUCAACUCCUGCCUUUAUAAGGGCCAAGUUAUCAAUUAAAUUGUUCGAAGUUUUAAUGGAAUUUUCGUGUGCUGCAGAGAGUCUCCGACAUUCAUCAAAGAGGAAGCGCAACGCGCCACAACAAUAACAGCAAUAAUACGCCGUGACUGGUGAAAACACGUGCUUACCGCUGAAGCAAGCAUAAACACAACAACAAAAUUAAUUUAGACUUAACUUCGCCAACAACAAUCAUUACUUUUAAGCAACAAAUACAGCACAAUGGCCAGUUCCAAGAUUAUCUUGAAAGUUUUGCUCUCGCUUUGCGUGUGGUCCUUCGUCAUAAUCGGUCUCUUCAAAAUGCACGGCACCAAUAUUGUCUCGCAGGAGUACAGCGCCGUGCCGUUGAGCGGCCGCAUUUUGCUGCAGAAGGACAUAUUGCGUUAUGCGGAGACUACGUCGACCACAACGGAUCGUUUUGAUCCUUCGGAGAUCUUGGUGGACAAUCGAACAGCCAUGGAUGAUGAUCAGCUGGUGCGCGAUGUCGAGUCUCGCAUCCCUUCGCUUCCCAUCGCGUAUUGGAGCAAGAACAAGAACUUUCGCCAGCAAAAGUCCAAUACUUGCGCCAAAUAUCCAUCCAUCUUCGAGUUGGAGUUCAAUAAUAUCUACUGGCAAACAAUGCGCACAUCUAACGGCACCUUUCAGCUGUUCGGCGCAUACUACGACAUACGUAAGACGUCGCGUAUCGGUCCCACGGUACGUAUACUCGGCAUGAUCGAUCGCAUACAGCCGACAGUGAAGACGUACUGUCAGUUUUGGUUUGAUGGCCAGAAGGAACCGUUCAUUGUUAAGACCUUCGAAUACAAAUAUAUUUGGUACAAUAAGUGGGGUAACUACAAGCAGGGUAUCUAUCAGCCUUAUCUGAUAGCAUGUCAAAUACCGAAACCCUUCCACGGCGUCGUGCCCAGCUCGGUAUCGAUGGUGGAGAAGGAAUGUGAUACGGCGACAAAUAACUUGCGCGUCAUUUACAAUCGGCCGCCAGAUGACCAGAAGAAAGGUUUCGCCGUUUGCGUGAAGGGUCUCGAUUUUCUGUACGAUGAUCUCUCGGUGCGUUUGAUUGAGUGGAUCGAGAUGUUGAAUAUUUUGGGCGCCGAUAAGAUCUACUUCUACAAUCUGCAAGUGCAUCCGAAUAUCACAAAAGUGCUCAGCCACUAUGAGCAAGAAGGCAAAGUGCAAGUCAUACCGCUGACGUUACCGGGCGGACAACCGAAUGUGCCCGGUUUUCAGCAUCUCUACCUCACGAAAAAGACGAAUCACAAGCGUCAGAAUGAGGUUAUACCCUACAAUGAUUGUCUCUACAAGAAUCUCUACUUAUAUAAAUACAUUGCGCUACUUGAUAUCGACGAAGUGAUCAUGCCAAAGGGCAACUUCGUGCUCUGGUCGGAGCUAAUGGAGAAGGUAGUGCCCGAAUCGCUGAAGAUCAAACCCGAAGGCUACAACAGCUACAAUUUCCGCAAUGUCUAUUUCCUGGACGACCAACAGCACGAGCAUGGCUGGCACAAGGACAUACCCAAGUACAUGCACAUGUUGCAACACGUGCACCGCGCCAAGAACUACACCAAACCCAAUCAGUACGUGAAGUGCUUCCACGACCCGGAACGCGUACUCACUCUGCACAAUCACUUUCCGCUCGCCUGCCUCGGUGGCGUCUGUAAGUCUUACCCAGUGAACACCACCGACGCACAGCUGCAGCAUUAUCGCGCCGACUGCGUUAAUACGCUGAAGAAGAGCUGUGAGGAGUACCGCGAGAACUCGGUCGAAGACAAAACGAUCUGGAAGUACAAAGACGAAUUAAUACGACGCACCUUCCGCACACUCGACACGUUGGGCUUCUUCAAGCGGCCCAUUGGCAAUGGUGGCGGCAUUGGCUCGACCACACACGCGAGUGAGCGGUGAUUUCUGGGCAGUUGGUGGGCGGGCGGCAGCAAUAGCUGGAUGGGCGGCAGAGUGGGGGAUAGCAGUAGCGGUAGCGGCGCAGGCAAUGCGGCAGAUUACUAUGAGCGUUGGCGAGAGGGUGCAGCGGGCAGCAACGAAUUUUUCUGAUAAUUCUGAGCGGAAUUUUAAGGUGGCUGAAGGCAAGCAAAACAGUGGGUUAAAAGCUCAUGAAAGCUCCUGUCCACUUGUGGAAGUUUGUCAAAAUGCACGAGUGCGCGUAACUACUAAAAGUUCUUUGAAAUGUAAACAAUCUCUUCACAACUUGUGGAAGUUCUUGAAAGCUCAUGAAAGCGCGCGCAGUCACUAAGGAACAUCGAGGAUCUGAAGCCCGGUCUACUUGCGAAGUAUCGGUUGCGUCUUCAAUAGAAAACAAACAGGUGAACCAAACAUAUGUCGCCACUGACCUGUCUGCUACAAAGUUUCAUCUCACUCCAGCGUAACUCUCCUAACUGUCUUCUACCUUGACGCCGUUACCUAAAAAGUAAGUUAAAAUUCCUCGUCAGAAAAAUAACGAAAACCGUGUGGUACUUAACGAAGAUAAUUUCUUUGCUGUAUUUUAAAAAAACGAACGAAAGAUUUUUUGUUAUUGAAAGAAAUGAGAAAUUGUUACUUCGAAACAGUGUUAAAACGAUAAAGUGUUCCCCAGCAUUGGCAGAAAUGCUUGUAAAUUUUAUCUAUCGAAAGCUAAAAAAAUUUCAAAUAUUACAAAAACACUUUUUCUUCAGCAACAGACUCCUUAAAAAGCUGUCUUUAUUUGUAGAACAAAAAAUUUUAAAUUCUAGUAAAUAAAUCUUGUUACUAUGCUCUUUAUAUUUACACUUGAAAAAAAGAGAACAAAAAUGUCAAAUGUGCCUUCAUGUUAAAAAGUGUACGAUCUUGAAGAAAAAUCAUAAACAAUAAUAAUUCAUUUUUGUAUAUAAUUAAAUUUUAAAUUAAUAUUGCCGUGUGAAUAAUUUGAAAGUGCCAAAAGCUAAGCUAAAAUGUUUAGAAAUUUUUAAAUGCGGAAAUUUUAAGAAGAAAACUGAAAAAUUAAACGUGAAUAGCGAAAU